AUGGACACUGACUACUUACAAGAUUGUAAUAAUCACAAUGCUGAACCAGAAGAUGAGGAAGAGGAAGACGAAGAAUCAUUGUUAGAUGAUCCAAGAGAAGCAAGAAACAGAGCUAAUCGAAGGCAACAACGUUCCCCUCGUGCAAGACCUUAUCCAAGAAAUCGAAGACCUAAUCGGCGAUCACGAUCUCGUCAACCACAACAACGACAAGCCUACAGACAAAGAAGUCGUUCAGCCAGACGUUCACCAAGACAACAGCCUUAUAGAAGAAGAGAUCAACAAAGAUCACGUUCAAGACCAAAUUAUCGUCGAUACAUGCGGCAACAGGAAAGUAAUAACAACAGUAACAAUUAUCAAAUGUUAAAUAAAACAAAAAGAAUACCAGAAUCAAAUUCGUCACAAAAUUAUCGUCGAAGAAAUGUAUCAUUUUCAUAA